AUGUGCCGACGUUACGCCCUGCAUGAUGAGGCGUCCUGGGCUUUCUUUGCUUGCCUGUCCUUCUUUUUGGUCUCUAAAUCUGCCUCGAGACGCCCUGAUAUAGAUCUGUCUGCGCCUUACACGGGGGCGUUGUCGCCACGCGAGGGCCCGGCCGAUGCUUCCAAGAGCUAG